AUGAAUCAACCAGAUGGACCCAUCACCUCCAUCGCCGAGCCCGGCAUCAAGGCCAACUUUGAGAUGCGCAAGGAGCUGCGAAGCAAAGUCUCGGCACUUCUGGAGAGGAACUCGAUGAGCUUCCCGGGCGCGCAGCCUGUGAGCUUCGCCAGACAGCAUCUAGACGAGCUCACCAGACAAGAUUACUACGUCUGCGAAAAGUCGGACGGCAUCCGAUAUCUCCUCUAUUCACAUGUCGAUAACAACAACCAAGAGGCGCACUACCUGAUCGAUCGCAAGAACGACUAUUGGUUCAUCCCCAACCGAAAUCUUCACUUCCCCCUCGAGAACGACCAAAGCGCAUUCCACACUUCUACACUGGUCGAUGGCGAGCUGGUCUGGGACAGUCUCCCUAGCGGCAAGAAGGAGCCCAGAUUCCUUGUCUUUGACUGCCUGGCCAUGGAUGGGAACAAGCUUAUGGAUCGAACCCUCGACAAACGGCUCGCCUACUUCAAAGAGCGACUAUACACGCCAUAUAAGAGGUUGUUCCAGGACUUUCCCGAUGAGCUCCAGUUCCAGCCCUUCUACGUCGAGAUGAAGCCCUUCCAGCUGGCCUACGGCAUCGAGAUGAUGUUCAAGCAGGUCCUGCCCAGCCUCAAGCACGGUAACGAUGGCCUCAUCUUCACUUGCCGCAACACGCCCUACAAGAAUGGCACCGACCCCCACAUCCUCAAGUGGAAGCCCCCGGAGGAGAACACGGUCGACUUUCGCCUGCGCCUGACGUUUCCCCUGGUGGAGCCUGACGAGGAGGAGCGCAGCGAGGGCAUCACCGAGCCGUUUGUCGACUACGACAGCGUGCCCAAGUCUGACCUGUGGGUCUACCUCGGCGACAGCGGAGAACGGUACGAGCGCUUCGCCCCGGUGUACAUCACCGAGGAAGAGUGGGAGAUUCUCAAGAGCCUGGGCGAUCCUCUGAACAACCGCGUCGUCGAAUGCAACCUCGACGACCAAGGACGGUGGCGCCUCGUUCGCUUCCGUGAUGACAAGAGCGAGGCCAAUCACACAAGUACGGUUAAGAGCGUCUUGGAGAGCAUCAACGAUCGCGUCACGGAGCAAGACCUGUACAAGGCUGCAGGCCGGAUACGGGACAACUGGAAGGCCCGCGCCGCUCGUGAAUCCCGGUGA